UUUAGUUCUACGAGGGCCUGAGAGGCGUCUGCUGAUGACUCCAGCAGGGGCUGGCACUCUUCCAUCAUCAGAGACAUUGCUGGGGAGGCUGGACCAGAUCGACCUCCGACUAAGGCAGCUGGAGGAGAAGCAAUGGCAACCAGAGAGCUACUUCACUACAGACCUGCGGCGGGCCGCCGCAAGGCCUGGUCAUCACCAGUGCAUCUCCAUGCCAUCGGCCCUGCAUGAUGUCCAUCUCAAAGGUUCCCUCAUGGAUCGCCUUCAUUUGCUCGAGACCAGGAUCCGACAGCUGAGCUUUGAAUUGGACAAGGGCAGUGGAGUUAAUGCGAGCACAUCCUCGACAAAACAAAUGAAUGAGAACAGAUGGAGCGAACCUGUUAUACUAGAGAAGAGGCAACCUGUGGUGCUGGAAAAGAAGCAGGACAAUAGCAUGAGUUCGAGCAGGGUUGCCGGCGGGGCCUGGAGGACUGGAGAGAUCUUUCAGAGGGGCCCUCGAGAUCUCCAAGGCCAGAAGACUAAAAUGAAGGUGAAGGAGCCCAAAGAAGCCAUUAGUGAUGUAGAGAAGAGAAGUGCCAUGUACCGGAAUGAGAAGAGGAGGCUGGAGCGCACCCGGCUUUACAGAAGAUGGUUUCCAGUUGGAUGCUGAAAGAUGCUUCCAUUCUCCUAUGUUGUUUUCUCAAAUUCCUGAAUGUAUGUCUACCUGCAAUCAUAGUUAUUCAAAGUUACAUGG